AUCGAUAUGUGUCUGUCCUUGCGAAGGUCGGAUCCUGUAGUUUGCAGGUGCACGAAGGGCAGCAGCGGGUUGCUUGAGAGCUUGCCUGUUAUUUUUUUACAGCUUGCUGUGAUUGUAAACGGCGCCCUCAGUCGGGUCCUUGUCCGUGUGUUGGUGGCGUUCCAGGCGAGAUGGGUCGAAGAUUUAUUGUAGGUGGAAAUUGGAAGAUGAAUGGAGAUAAAAAGAGUAUCGAAGAAAUCCUGGGAUUUCUGAGGCAGGGCCCGUUGGACGAAAGUGUCGAGAUAAUAGUUGGCGUGCCAGCUAUAUAUCUGGACUAUGUGAACCAGAAGCUGCCUGGAAAUGUCGUGGCUGCGGCACAGAAUUGCUACAAGGUCCCAAAAGGUGCUUUCACAGGUGAAAUAAGCCCAGCAAUGAUCCUGGAUAUUGGUGUUAAAUGGGUUAUUAUUGGCCACUCUGAGCGAAGAAAUGUUUUUGGUGAAACAGAUGAACUGAUUGCAGAAAAAUGUGCGCACGCUCUGGAGUCGGGCCUUUCGAUUAUUGCGUGCAUAGGGGAGAAGCUGGAGGAACGCGAAGCAGGACGUACCACAGAUGUCGUGUUUGCGCAGACGAAGGCAAUCGCUGACAAGAUAACCGACUGGAGUCGCGUCGUGCUGGCAUAUGAACCUGUAUGGGCAAUUGGCACUGGCAAGACUGCAACUCCUCAGCAGGCUCAAGAGGUGCACCAGCAGUUGCGGUCGUGGCUGUCGACGAACGUGUCCCCGCAGGUGGCGGAGCAGACACGCAUAAUGUACGGUGGCUCCGUCACAGGGGCCAACUGCAAGGAGCUGGCGCAGGAGGCAGACAUCGACGGCUUCCUGGUGGGCGGCGCCUCACUCAAGCCGGAGUUCGUCAACAUCGUCAACGCCCGCGUAUGUUGAUGGACCGAGUCGAUGGGUGUGCUACACUACUGCCAGUUAACCUGUUAUUCCUUUCCCAUUCUUACGUUACCUUCGUACCCGCACAAAGGUUUCGUUGUUGAGUUGACUUCCUGUGCAUACCAUCAGAGAAUGUUAUUCAGUGGCUAUGCCAUUUGCAUGUAUAAAUGUUGCUGAAAUAUUAAAAAAAGUAUUUAUCGGACAAAA